UCUAUGACUUGAAAACUCUUAGAAACCUCCAUUCAGGGCAUAGGUUUUUAAAUGGCUUUCGGCACGCAUGGAUGACAUCAUUCAGGGGCAGGAGCCGCAAGGUUUGUUCUCGAAGCGAUCGUCGUCUAACAUCUUGUCUGAUCCACGUAUCUUAGCGCACUUAAGGAUAGUUGCCGAAGAAGCUCAAAGCUCUGAUAAGGAGCAAGAUGAAGAAUCCGAGUUACAGAACACAAAAAGAGAGCUCGGACUCAAGAUUUCGGCAUACAACAAGGGUAACCAACAUGGAGCUUUUCGGUUGAUAUUGAAAGAGGUACGUAAGUGUUUUAUCACGAAAUAUAUUGUCGAAGGAAUGCGCGGUUAUUUCUCGUAUGUUAAUCAUUACGACAACGUGCACCUUGUCGCCCGCCCGUGCCGCGUUUAAAAAUUGACACACCAGUAACUUCCCAGUUAGGCAUUAGGGGUUAUUACAGUCAAUGAUCAUCGUAUUAUUUCGCUGCACUUGUCGCUCAGUAGUUUAAUUUUACGGAUCGUGGAAUCCUAUUCAAGAGUGAAAUGUCACAGCAGAGUCUUUAAAGCUGUCAAGCGUGAAAAGGUAGAACUACUUUUCGUAAAUCAAAUUAGAACUGGAGGAUAAAAGUCAUUUGGAAUCGAUUACUUCACGUGUGACGUUCUCUAGAUAAUAUUUCGAACACAUGACCAUACACUAAUUGUAUCUUCUUUCACUUUUAGGACCUGGGCUUCGAAGGUGCGUUACGCUUCUACUUCGAAGACGGCAAAGAAGAAUUGACAAAAGCUUUACGCCUGACAAACAAAACAUUAGUUUCGGAGUUGCUCCCGACACUGAUUGAAAAGUUUAAGCCCGAUUUGGUGAAUUCCUCGGUUGAGAAAAAAGCCAAACUUUACGAAGUCUACGAAGAAGGUACCGUAAUGUUUGAUGUUUUAUUUAAUAAACAUUCACGGAGCAGACUAUGGCAAGCAAACACUGUCACUUGUGUAUGACGAAAAGAUCGAGGACCCAAAAGUAUUUUUUCAAUAAUUGUGGUUUGAGAUUUACCUUAGAAGUUAUUUUGUUUAGCGCAAACUCGAAAUUAACUUGGGAAAAAUUUAUUUAUCAAAUACACGAAUUUAUUGAUCAGAGAAAUGAAUUAACAGUUAUAAAGCUCAUGGUGGGGCUUUAUCGUUAGCAAAUCAAAUCAAUUUUUCACACGAAAUUAAAGUUUGUGGUGAUUAUUGUUCUGUAGCUUUGGUUCAGUUUACUUUGAGUCCAUUCCUGACAUAGCACAGUUGACAAUCUUUACUAUGCUUUUGUGUAUUCGGACACGUAAAAGGAAAUGUUUGAAAUUUUGGCGACGAGAAUCUUUGCAUUUCAAACAGAUCCGGUGAAUCACAGAAAAGGAACUAAACGCUAGCAUGACUGUGCUCUGCGUGUGUCAUUGUAAGGCUGUAAUUGAGAGUUGAUGGGGGCACUAAUAGUUUACAGUUAGUACAUAGCACAUUCGAGAGCAGUUAAUUGGAUUCUUGUAGUAAAUAAAUUUGCCUUGGAACGGUAUUUAAUUUCUUUUAUACAGUUUAUAAUGUAUCUUUCUCUCUUAUAGUGAAGUUUUUCUAAAGAUUUUAACUUCCACAUCAAAGAACAUAAACAUUAAAUGUAAUCUGGAUGCUUUUAUAACGAGAUGAAAUCAUUUUAAGACAAAUCACGCUCGAAAACUCUAUCAUCCUUACACUUAUUUACAAAAAACCGUACACUCUGCCACACAAAGGUCAAAUUUUAAUAAUUUAACUGAUAAACUUGAGAUCAUCAGAAUUUUCCACAUGCCUACACAGUGAUACGACCCAGAUGCCUAUGCUGAUAAUCACAACAUUUUUACAGAGAUUUUAUAUAUUACCUUAACCUAAGCCGUUACUACAUACAGAAACUAUUUUCCUGAAUUCUUCGAUUUCCUACUUUUAAACUUAAAACAAAAGACCAGCUGGUCAAGUUGUCUAGGGAAGUGAAAGUUUGUCACAAUAAAUAAAAUCUCUGAGGUGCUUAUUGUGUUUGAAAUAGUUGUUUUGUAAAAACGUAUUAGAUAAACAAAACAAACAUCAAAUCAAUGCUGUUUCACUGAUGUCCCUCAAUGCCAGUAAAUCACUACUCGAAAUCUAUUGUCGCCCAUCAAUAUCAAUGCAUUUUCAAACAGUAAGAUUGCAAGCAUAAUGGGGUGUUCUAAGCCAGGCAAUAUUGACCAACCAUAUAAAGUUAUAAUUUUUUUAAUACAUUAUAUUAGAAGUUGGGGAUAUGUACAAAGUAGUAAAUUACCUCGAUGAAACGCACAGAGAUUUUAUAAUAUAUCAGUUAAGGAAAUUUGAAUGAGUCAUUUCAUCAAGAUUAUCUGGAUCAAUAUUAUGGAAGAAUGGGAUUUCCUAAAUCAGUUAAUGGUCUCUGAAUUGCAGAGACCUUUUUUUUUUAGAUUUUAACAAAAAUGGACUACCCUUACCCCUACCCUUAUCCUUUCCCCUACCCAGUCAAACACUGCAAUUUUGAGAAAUUGUUAGCUAGUGAAGUAAUUGAUUCAAUACUAUCAGACUAAUUUCCUUUACUCCAAGAAGUUUGUAAAAUCAAGAUUCCAAUGUAGUUAAUGCCAGUUUUCUAAAGAACACUUUUGAAUCAUGUUACCUAAUCACUGAAUAAGUAUAAACGAAAGUUCUUUGACUCUAGUAGUCAAUCUUGCUGUUUUUAACAAAAAUGUACCUCAGUGAAGGGAAAGUAAGCUAUGAACUAUCACAGUAUCCUGCCUGUUGUUUGGUAGCAAUGGGCUAUUGUUAACAACAAUCUUCAGGGUAUUUUUACGUUACGAGGGCUUUGUUAAUCUUUUUGGAGUCUGCAUGUGCAAAAAGUAUUUGGGUGUAUGAGAGUGGCUAUUUUAGCCAAUUAAAAAUCACUGAAAUUUCUGUUCUCUUGCAGAUGAAAUUUGUUUAGAUCCCUCUGAUGCCCCUCUUGAAAUUGCAUUAAAUGCCAAAAAGCCUCCAAGAUUUGUUCUACGACUGGAUAUAAAGAAACCCCCUGAGACAGCAGUUUUGAUCAAUGGCACAGACAGCACAAGUAAGACAGUAGUACCAAAUGGAACAGCCUUGAACAAUCCUGAUGCAAAAUCCGUUCAUCCAAUUCCAAGCCCGAGUCCAAGUCCAUCAAAAGCCAGUGUUCGAAGCACCGCUAGCGAUAACAGCUCUACGGGUAGUUCUGCUGGUCAGGCUUAUAGUGCAAGAAAUGAUAAUCCGUCCCCAUUCCCUGUCAGAAAUCCAUUUACAAAGCCAAAAACUCCACCACAGGUUGCUAAGGCAGUAGAGGAUAAAAUGCCUUCAUCAUCAAGAGGUCAAAAUGUUAGAAACUUUUUAAGUUCCCCUAGAAAGGGUUUUGGGAUGUUUUUUGAUGGAUCUGGAAAUCAGACAGAUCAAAGUUCGCAUGCUGCACAAAAAGCGGCCCGCACCAAGCACAAGAGGAAAGGAUCUUUGGGUCGUAUGAAAGUCAAGAAAAAAGAUGCUGAAAAUGCUCACACUGAACUGUCUACAGAGCAGUUGGCACCUGGCAUUCUCAAAGUUUUUGGAGACCAUGUUUCACCAGGUUCAAAUUACAAAAGUGUAAGAGCUACAGAGAUGACUACUGCUGAUGAAAUUGUUCAGCAGGCUCUUGAGAGAUACUCACUGACAACAGAAAAGGCCUCAGAUUAUGUCCUUUGUGAUGUGAUUGGUUACUUUACAAAGAGAACUGGUGGCAUGAAUGCUAAAAAUUCUCAGGAAGAUGCUGAUAAAUGGGAAACUGAGUAUGCCCGGGUCAUCAGUGAUAAGGAAAAGCCACUUGUGCUUCAGCAGUUGUGGAAGCCAAUAGCAGGAUUUUCCCGCAGAUUUGAAUUAAGAAAGCGAGCUGAAACUCAAGAUUCCUCAUUCUUUAAGCCACGUGGAAGUGUUGCUGUGAUACGAGCUGCUUCCAGACGUGAAGCUCCUGUUCCAGUGAGUAACAAAGAGAGUCGUAGAGACACAGGAGCAAGUGACAUGUCACAGACUUCAUCGAUUGGAGAUCAUUUCUCAAGCAUGAGUGCAGAAGAAGGAGGAAGUUCUGGAAGAGCCUCCUUAAUUCAAUCAUCAUUCACUGCACCUAUGGACACACCUUAUCUUCUUCUUCUGAAAGGUUCUAGUAAUCACGAUGACUUCCUGUACCACAGACUAGAUGAGCAGUUAGCACUGGUUGGUCGUCCUGUUCAUCAUAUCACCGACCAAUCACCUGACAUUCUCCUUUUUGCCCCUGAUGUUUUACCUCAGCAUUGUACCUUAAGCAAGAACAUUGAGACCUCAGCUCCCAGAUUUGAGCACCAAGACUAUGAUGUAAAUUUUGCUAUUUAUCUGGAACCUUGCCGAGGUGCUGAUGUCUCUGUCAAUGGUCUGACAGUUACGUCUAGUUCUAAACUUCACCCUGGAGACUUAGUAUCAUUUGGAAAGCAUUACUUGUUCAUGUAUAAGGAUCCCUUGCAAGUGGCUGACACAUCAAUGAAAUUAACUUGGUUUAAUAACUUGAAGCAAUUUUACAAGUGGCAAAUGUCUGCAUCAAAAUCAAACACACCUGAUUCUAGUGCAAUAAAUCCUGCAGACAUUCCAGAUGAACCUAGCAAAAUAUUAAGAUUGUCAUAUCAACCACAAGAUGAAGAUGACCUGGUAGACAUGAUAAUGGAAAUUGUAGAUUUGUCAAGUGAUGGCUACAAGUUGACUCCAUCAUAUUUAUUAAUUAUGUGCAUAGAACAUUCUGCAAGAUAUCACACUGAACAACAAACAAGGCAACUUCUCAUCAAGAUUUCAAAUGCAAUUCAAACUGUUGCAUCUGUAAGUUGUUCACCAUGAUUCUUUUCUUUCAAAUGUCCUAUCCUAUUUCAUGACUAAAUUGCAUCAAAGAGAUUUUCUUUAAAUAUUGGGAUUUUCUUGUUUAAAAAUAAUUAUGUUGCUGUUUCCUUUACUUUUAUAUAGACAUGUGAAAAUCACCAAAUAAAUAUAAAAUUAAAAGCAAUGAUUAUUUCAGUGAUUGAUUAGUCACUGAAUGGCCAGAUAAAAUAAUUGGGCACAAAUGGUGAUGCACCUGAGUGAGCAACCUCUUGCAAGGUGCUUCCAUUCAUUGUUAACAUUCAAAUUAUCUAUUUUUGUGAUACAGCAGAGAUUGAUCUCUCUCUGUUACCUUGACCAGUGCUUUAAGUUUUUCCCUAGCCAAAGUAGACAGUGGGUUGAAAAAGAGUAGAUUUUCCAACCAAACUUGAGAUAUUUUUAGUCUAGGGCAAGCUGGCUAACCUAUCAAUGCUACCUUAGUGUAAGGGGUGCCUGCCUCCAAGAGGUUGACAGAGGAUUUUCCCUUGGGUUUUGGAUUUAGUCUUCUUCAAGUGUAUCCCGAAAGGCUUCAAAGCAAAGCAAAUGUUGAGUUAUAAAACACUAGAAUAUCUGUUCAAGAUGCCACUCUCUACAAAUUUGAGACAUAAAAUUGUCUUUCUGCCUUGUUGUAGGAUAAGACAGCAGAAAUGUCCAAAACAAUUGAAAGGUAAGGGAUUAUUAAAUUAUUGUAUAAAUCAAUUAUUAUCAUAUUAAGUUUAUAAAUCAUUGUCUUACUCUUUCAAAAUGCCUUUAUUAAAGCUCUUUCAUUUUCCAUCUGUUUGUAAUCAGUUUUAUUCCUUGUGAACUGCAAAGUUAUUUGUUGUAAGGUACAAUAGCUAGUAAUUAUUUUUGGCCAUUUAUUUUUCCCUGCUUAAAGAAAGUGUCAUUAUUAUUCGUGUAUUAAGGUAUGUGAGUUCAUCUUUGACAGAACAACAGUUCCAGAGAAAGCUUUAGAAGAACUUUUACCCCAGCUUAGACCAGUGGUGUUUUGGAUGGCUAACUGUUUGGAAAUGCUGCCAUUCCUUCAGCGUAAUAUGUCACAGUACAUCAAAGAUCCUUCUGAAAAUGCCCUCCAAGGGGAUGAAGCUUUGCUCAAUGCUGAUGAGGAACUGCUGAUGUUUCUUGAAGAAGUUGUCAUUUAUACCUUUCAGCAGACUGUAUAUCAUCUCACGAAGGUACUUAAAGUAAAUUUUAUAUCCCUUUGGAUCGUGGAAGUGACUACUUGCAAAGAUUUUAUUCUUCACUUGGCCAACACUUUGAUUCUACCUCGAUUAAUUAAUGUUGACCAGUUAAAGAGAAUUCAAAUUCACUCAUAUAACCUAAGUGUAUGGCUAAUUGUGUUAUGUAGCCAUUAAAAGCAAGAUGAUCUAAAUUUCUCUUCUUGCCAUCCCUUUGUUGUUUGAGUCAUUUUCCUUUUUUGCACAGUUGCACAGAUAUUAUUAUUAUUUUUUUGUUUACCAUGAAACCACGUUUAUAAUCUUGGGGGAUCAUGGGCAAUGUAAGCUUUAAACUGAUCUGAACUCAAAGGAAAUAUUUUGUAGGUCAAAAUGAAAUUCAGGUUAAAAUUUUUUAACCAAGGUUGAUUCUCAAUUUUCCUUGUCUUUUAACCCUAGGACCAAUGAACAAAGGAAAUUAAGAAUCAACUUAGGUUUUCAUCUAUAACAAAUUCAUAUGGUUGUGACCAAGUGAGGGUACAUAUCAUUCCAGUUAGGUUUCUGUGAAAUGAAAAAAAAAAGUGAUGCCUUCUUUCAGCUGAUCAAUAACACGUUCUGAUCAUUUAUCUCUAAUAUUCUCAACAGUGGCUUAUUCCAAAUUGUAGAAAACCAAAUUUACAGAACUGUGAAUAAGUGUGUUUUGAAAAUCAGUGUGCAAGGAUUUUUGUUUAACAGACCUUUUAGAACAGGCAUAUUAUGUUAAACUGCGAAACGUUUGAAACUCUGUAAUACUGCUCUGAUGUGCUAAUAAAGCAGUAUAUAAAUUUCAUUUAAAGUAGAAAGUGAUUUUCACAUUAUUAAAGAGCGACUUUGAUCGUUGGCAAUAUGUGUGCCUAAACAUGUCAUUGUCAUAAGUAACACACGUGUUUUUAACCUGACACAUCGUAGCCAUUAUGGAGCCUUCUGAUGAACCGAAUUCGCAUAAGCCUCUUAUCACAACAUAUAUCUUUACAAAAAAAACAACAACACAUUUUUAUUGAAACUUAACUAUAAGCUCUAGUAAUUGCAUAAUUUUUUCCACCCGCAAACUAGUCGGGAAAUGUAUUUACGUUUUGGUUCGAGUGGAGUGACAAUGGGGACACUUGCAAAUGUAUAAAACAAAUUUGUUAAAAUACGGGGGACUUCAAUAUAAUCGUCUUGAGACUGCAAAAAAUAAAGAGGUAAAUCUGUAAUCUUUUUUGGGAAAAGAUGAUCGCUUUAGCGCUCUAUGGAAUAAGGAAUAGAGUUCCAAAUUUGAGAACCGAUUCUACAGCUAUUCUAUGAACAUUUUAUGUGCAGUAAGUUGUGACGGUAAAAUUUUUACAUAGUGAGUUAGGGUCUGUUUUGCAUUAUUUUCUUGUUGUUGAAAAAGAUGGAACAGAAAAUGGAGUUAUGAGGACUGUGUUGAAUGCCCCAAUUACAUGUAAAGAGUGUUGUUUUGUAAGUCUUACCUUUUUAGUGCUUACGGUGAAUUUCUUGGUUUGUUAGGUUUUGUACAUUGCUCUUCCAGCCAUCUUGGAUACCAACCCUUUCCAGGACACAGACGAGGAUAGCGACAAGAAACCACAAGAAGUAGAAACAGUCAUUAGCAUCUUUCAAACUACGUACGAUGUCGUGAAAGCUUAUUCUGUCCACGAUGACAUAAUUCACCAACUUUUCGCAUAUCUGUUCUUCUUCACAAAUGCUUCCCUUUUUAACACGCUGAUGGAGCGAGGGGCUGGGGGCAAGUUCUACCGCUGGGCGAAAGGAGCGCAGAUACGAGGCAAUCUAGAUUUGUUGGAGAGCUGGGCAGCGCAAGUGCAACUUCAAGACGAGGCUAAUGAGUAUUUGAACAGACUUUCUACUGCAGCGGAUUUGUUGGCCACGCCCAAAGUACAACUUUUACAGGUUAGUGCCUUGUCACGUUUGCCAAGUGAGAGUGCAUUAACACUGAGAGCCUUAAGAUCUGAGGACGGCGUCGGCGGCCAAAACGUAUUCGCAUCCUUUUUCCAUAUCUUAAUCGCGAUUACUCCAACCCACUUACUUUGUCAAAUGUAGGCAAACCCUCCUGUAGUUGUCUUAAGAACCAUAUCCAAGUUCAGAAAGAGAGAAAAUUUCGUCGUUUCUUGUUUUAAUUACGCCCUACAUGAAACGUGAAAUUAGGCAUUUUCACGUCGUAAUCGUGCAGUGAAUGCAGAGAAAUGAACAAAAAAGAGUGAAUGUUGUUUAGCUUGUCUAAGGCUAUUGUCGUGAACCGACCGGUUUGCCCGUACGUGUAAUUGGUAAACGACCUUUAUGCCCUGAGCUUGGCAUGUUCAAACAAAAAUAACUAUAGGUCCAGUUUUUUUUUUCUUUUCUGAAAAAAAUUGUUUAACGUGUUUGUAGGCUGACUGGAUGACAAUACGACGGGACUUCCCAGCACUCAACCCUGCUCAAGUUCAACAAAUCCUUGGCGAAUAUCAACUUGGUCCAGGCAAAUCUCGACCAAGAGGCUGGUUCCCACCGCCGGAGGAAGUAGAACCAGCACUAAGAACAGGUAGGUUAAACCAGCCGUGGUGGGCGGUUAGGUGUGCCCACCGUGGUGAAAGCAAUUUCCUGCGCUAUUUCGGGGUAUGUUUAUACACAUAAGGUAAGCGUUGAAACUCAAGUUUGUUUUCUGCCUUACUCGCCGAGUGUCUUUUACGGGAGAAAUUUCACAUCCGCUCUUUUGAUUGGCCGUUUUUGUCGUGAAACUCAGAAACCCGAGAGAAUACUUCUGUAGCUGUCGCGGAGGCUUUAUAAUUUGAACUCUUUGACGUUUCCAUAGUAAUUAGUUGGGUUACACGAUAAAAUUCAGUAUCGCUGUAAGAAGCUGUCACACAAACAAUUUCAUAACAUAAAAGCGGUCGACGCGGUCACACUCGUCACACUUACAUGAUGUAAGUUUGUUUGCCGCCGUUCGCACCGAGUACAACGCGUCUUUUACGCGGGAAAUUUUAAUAUCCGCUCCCUGAUUUGCUUUUUUCUGUCGUGAGACUCAGUAACCCGCGAUAAAAAUCUCGGUAGCUGUGGCAACGCGGUAGCUUAUUUUUGACAUUUGCAUUCUUUGUUGUUGUUUACAGCGGACAUCCUUCUGAGUUUUUCGGAGCAUCCUCCGCUAAAACUACCAGCUGCGGGGUUUGUAUUGGACUUGGAAAAUGGGCCGACGGAUCAGUCAUUCGACGACUACCUUGAAGCCAUCAAAAAGGCGAUCAAUCCAGGUAAUCAAAACGAAAUACAUCCAUCUUCUACUUGCACUUUAAACAGUGUUAGGCAGUGGAACCUCGAUUUAACGAACCUCUAUAACGAAGUCCUCGGUAUAACAAACGAUUUUCUUCAGCCCGGCUAAAAUUACAGUACAGUGGAACCUCGACGGAUAUAACGAAUAACCAAGGGACUGCUAGCAAAAUUUGUUCGCUAUAACGAGGUUUCUUUAUAUCGAGGUCCUUGUUCAUAUAUUUUACUAUUACUGGGGUAAAGAAAAUCGUUAGUUAUGCCGAGGACUUCGUUAUAUCGAGGUUCCACUGUAAAAUGUAAGGAACGGAACUUCGAUUUAACGAAAUCCUCGGUUUAUUAAACGAACACAAUCCACAAGCGCAAACGUAAAAUAUGAAACCUAUUAAAUCCUCUUUCAAAUUUGAGCGAUAAGUGAAGCAGUCGCACAAUCAAAUACCAAGAAAGCGACGAACUUUGGCUUGUCGGUGGCUAUUCGGCACUGUUUUGCGACCGGUACCAAGAUGGCGUCUCGUUUCACGACAUUUUCGAAAGACGAAAUCUGAUUGAUAAAAUUUAUGUGUACAGUAGUUAAGCAGUUUUGUUUGCUUGUUUUUGCGUUUCUAGUGCCGUAGCUAUAUACAGCUCGGUACUGAAAUGUUAUUGCAGUAAUUUUUCAGAUCAGGAAAUGCUUGGUUUUGUAAAUUAAUUGCGGGCGACAAAAGGAGCCCGCAAUCUUAAUCUCCCGGUUGCUAUUACGCAUGCGUCUCAUUUAUGUAGCCAUUAUUCGUUUGAACUUCCAGUCUUCCACUAAGAAUGAACGGCAUGCAGAGAACGCAAUUUGAUCACGUGCGUUUGGACCUUGUAUCACUCGUAAUCUGAUCACGCGUGUUUAGAUUAUCUGUCACGUGAAACUUGCGCAAAGCAUAGCGAUGGAGCAAAAGCAUUUUGGCCUUCGAUCGUUGUCGCCCGCACUCCGUAACCCUUGGUUAUUACUAGUUGUUAACUAUACGUCGAUAUAACGAACGUUUUGGUGGUUUUCCCGAAAAUUCGUUAAAUGAAGGUGUUCGAAAUAACGAACCCUCAAUGCAACGAACAAAUUUCCCCAGUCCUGACAGUCCCUUGACACUUUGUUGAGGUUCCAUUGUAGGAAGGUAUAAUCAGCUGAGCUACAAUACCCAUACUUGGGGAUUGCCCAAAAUAAAUAGUCCCCUUGGAAACUACUUUUUUCGGCUGUGUCGAUAGACUUCAGUGAAACUAGCGGCUCGAACUCUUUGAAUUCCUUUAUCUGACUGAUCCGUUUUCGUCUUCAAAAUGAAUAAUUUUCAGGGCAUGGUACAACAGAAGCAGACAUGUCAAGAGUUAAUGGAUUAAACAGGUUAGUAAAAUCUUAAUGAGGGAAGAAAGGACUAUUGAUAUCAAGUUAGCCUUACUGAACAAAAGUGAAGCCUCCACGAGGAAAAUCUAGACGAUUUUACCGCGUGUACGUGGUGUUCGUGCAGUUCAACUGCUUUUGAAAGAAAAUAUCACAACAUAUUAAAAUGAAACAUCCCUGGGACUACAAAAAGCUUAAAAUCUGUUGCCUCAAAACAACGAUAUGCGUUUGGUAAUUGAUCGAACACGAGCAAAACCAGCCAACUAACUGAAAAAAACUAGUUUCACUUGUUUCGAAGUAGGGCAUCCUUCAUUUUCGAGGCAAUGAGGUUGUCUUCUUUCGGGGAGAUUUUUGGGAAAACAAAAAAAAAACACAUGGAAGAAUUGCUUCAUUCACCAUAUAUAAGCUUAAUUUGGUUGUGACUAGAAUGGACACCCCAAAAUCAGGUUGUCAUCUUUACUACAAUACUUGCCAGGAGCGGGUUAAUUUUAACGUGCUUUUCAUGGCAUUGAUCAUUACAUUAUUGAAAGCUAACCGUUUUUAAAAGAGUGCUUAACCCUAAUCACUGUACUUCGGUGAUAACCCUGUAUUCCACCCCUUUUCCUUGCACAACUGUCUCUAACUCUGAUUUAUCCACUUUUCUCGAAAAUGUUUCUCUACGAGGAGUAUAUCGUCGAGUAAUCAUAAACAUAAGGUGUCCAACCAGGUUUUAAGGUAACCAUUGUAGUUACAGCCUAUAUAAUUUCGGUGAAUGCAAACAGGAGUUUUUGUCAAAUCUAAGGCGUAGUCUCACCCUUCAACUUAAUGUGUGUUCAUAUAAAAUCUUUGCAGAGUUCAACAACCAGAACCGGAAGUUAGUCACUCGGAAGUAAUUCAAACGUCAUCGCUUUCUCAGAGUGCAGAUCACGUGCCAGAUUUAGUGGUCUCCGCCCCAGCCUCCCCUAAAUACACUACACCAGAGGAAUACGUUUUUGAGACCGUCGUGUCUGAUUCUUCUGCGCCGACAAAAGGUGUGUAAAUUACUUGAGGUUCAGAUAGCAUCUUAUUUAGCGCUGCUAUGAAGUGUGGUCACGCGCGUGUGCAGACGUCUACCAUUUUCCUCUGUUUUACCGCCUGAAGCAGAGGAAAAAGAAGAAAAAAUGAACGGAGCCAAAUCGAAUCUCUCAAAGCUAGCGGCUGAAUUCUGAGAUGGUGCGUCAGCUUAUAAGGGUGAACUUUGCUGCCGUUUCUGUCUAUGUAUGAUCUCAUCUCUCCCACCCAGACCAAAGAUAGCACAAGUCAGAUAGACCAUGGCCCCGUGGCCUACAUUCCCUACUCUUUUCGAACAAUGUCUUGGAUUAGUUCCUUAAUGUCCCCAAUUAACUAACUGAUAUGAACGAUAAAGUAGACGAGGCCAACGGCUUAACGCCAUUGGUCAUCGGAACUGAGAAAGGUUUCUAUCUUACCCAUUUUGGAAGACCGGGUUGGUAUUCUGACCUGGGUUUGCGCUCCCCUGCGCUUCUUAACUCUCUCAGGGCGUGAAUGAAAGUUCCUUUUAAUAAACCCUAGUGAGCUAUUAGCUUUUUUCUUGACCUGCAGGGUAUGUUCCCUCCAGUUGAGAGACUUAGACAGGGUAACACCUAAGUAGGGUUGAUGAUCCACUGCCUCCAGGGUUUGACCUAGCAUAGUAGAACGGAUACAAACGCGCGUGCCUUUUGGUUGGUUAAGCGAACGCUCGGGUGAAAAAACAUCAUGCCAGAGAACUUUCUAGAAAUCAAUCGAUACUUUGCUUUGAUGUCAUACUACAACACAACUGGCCAAUCGAACAAUGCCUUCUCCAUAUUAGGGUUUCCUUUGGCGGGAAAAAGAAGAGGGCAUGUUUUGAUCUUUUCGUCCGUUGGCUGAUAAAACAAAUAACGAACACUUUACUUGCCGAAACCAUUUUUCAGGGUCAGACGAAAAUCGCUCUAUAUAGAUGUGUAAUAGGGCUUAGUGCUCGUUGGACCCUGAGGAUAUAACACUUGCCAGGUUUGGCAAAUGCAAAAGUUAGGCAAUUACUCUUUAUUGUUAGGUCUAAGGUAACGUGAUUGCGUGGCAAACUAGCCCUACUUUUCUGUCUCAUCUAAUUUAGAGAUAUCCGUUUGUGUUUUCAGACGAAACCGUGCUCCCAGAAGCGGCAAAGGCGCCCAUCCCUGUCGAAAAAAGGGAAACACCUCCGAUCAAGCACGAAGUUAAAGCGAAAAUGUCAGAUCCGACACCAAACGGGCGGGUAACACAGGCUGCCAAGCGCCCGCUAUCUAGAUUGGUCAGCGGACCAGCAGGCCCAGGUCCCAAGCCCCGACCUGCCAGAGCGAGUUCCCCCGCUAAUCCUUUGCAGAGUCUUGAUUCCAUGGGGUCCUCUUCUGGGGACUCAUCUGUGGGUUCUGUCAGAGGACUUAACAACAAAGAACCUAGAACCUCAGGUUGGUAAAAAAGAGUGUCUUUAUUUUUCGACGUGCUUAUUGUCAGAAUUGACUGAUUCCAACAGUACAUUGGGCUUCAGCGAGGCAGCCACUCUUGAAGUAGACUCUCGUCUUCGCUGAUGAAAAUAACUACCAUUAGUUACAUUUUUUUUUUUCAACUCUUUUACAAUUAAAUCUCUCGUUGUUGCUGCUCUUUAGGAGGAUCAGCUGUCGGAAAGAGGGAUGAAAACCAGAACGUGGGGAGAGCACCCUCACCUUACACGAACGACAACUCCAAAUGGAUUGACGUGACGCCCGCCGUCACACGCGACGCCGUGAACAAUGUAAACGGGUUGUCCGUACUUCCGGUAGAUGACGUGGAAACGAACGAAGAGCUGGCCUUGCAGAUAGCAGUGGAUCCAACACUUGAAACAACAAAAGAAUUCGACGAGAAGAGAGCACUACAGAAAGCCAAACUUUUAAGUCGGUUGAGGAAUGAGUCCGAUGUUGAUCUUGGAAAUGAUGUUGUACCAGCGAGCACAAAUGGCUUCACAACCAAGUUAGAGGGCAUGCGCGAAGAUGAUGACCGACAAGAUGACGUGUUUAUUGUCGAGUUAAUGAAGGGGGAUGAUGGAAUAGGCCUAGGAUUGAUUGAUGGUCUGGUAAGUUUCCAGUAUUCUGGGUUUUGUUGUUUGCUUGCGUUUUUCGGUUUUCAAUAAGUCGUGCAAAAUAGCCCUUAACUGUUUAUAUUGCUUUAGUUUAUUGCAAGGAUACACGCAGAGUCUCGCAAUUUGUGCGCAAAAAUGGUCCACAAAUUCAUUGUGAUAACAUGUUGAGCGAUUCCCAGUAAGUCGGCUUGCUCAUGGGUGAUGCCCCUGAAACAUAAAUGAUUGGAGUUGGUCUGGAUUUGAAAACAUAGUUUCCGUUUGUGUUGAUCACCAAUUUAUUUGCGGAGGCAGCGUGGCCGAGCAGUUAGAGCGCUUACCUGACCGCUACCUGGAUUUGCUCUCGGUGGUCUAAAUCCUUGGCUACGCUUGUGAAAUAGCCGACUAGUUCGCCUCCUACCAGUUGGGAUUUGUAACCAUGUUAUGUUCCAUUUAAUAAUUUGUUUUAUUAUCCAUGAAAAGAGAUAAUGGGAGAGGAUACUUAAAGCAUGAUUAUCAUUAUUUUCUUUGUGCCAGACGGCCGACAGAGGUGUGGCACUCAUUGCAUAAACCUAACGUCAGACGUAACAGCUGGCGUCUGGCGGAAUAAUCAAGAGUUUGACUAGGCUGAACGUUUUUCAACAUAACCCUUAUUAUUUUAUGAAAUAAGUUUUCUUUUUCUCUGUAAUCAAGUACAAGUAAGCCCUGUAGUCAACCCCGCUAAUCAGACCCCCAGCUCGAUGAAGGGAAGAGAGGGGGUGGAGGGGGGUGGGUGAUUUAUUGUCCCCGAACUGCUUACUUCUCGACUCAGGCGGGGUAGAAAGUGGCAUUGACAAUGGGAUCAUUUUAAAAGAGUCCCUGCGAAACCAUACCAGCGCCCUGUGGUCAAUUUAUAAGAAACUUUUCUUCCUUACGUUCAACAUGUAUUUUUAGUACACACCACUGCGAUCUCCAGGGAUUUAUGUACGGACGCUUGUCGCAGGAGGACCAGCUAUGAAGGUCAGUUGCGUUACUGGUAAUAUCCAUAUAAGAAAUUCUUAUACGUUUCCCAAUACAUCACUAUACAUUGCAACCGUGUGUGUUACUAACAAUUAUUCCACGAGUGCGCGUUGGAUAUGAGUUGGCUAUAAUCAUCUCACAUCAAACAAGCGCGAGUGGAAUAAUUGUUUUAUUAAAAACGCCCACAAAAUAUCGAGAAUUCUCCCCGACUUUAUUUGAAUAGACAAAUUCUGACGAUUUUCAGCUUGUUUUUAAUUUUGAGCCGACGCGUAGUUACCAUAUUUGGAGAGCGUGGUAUAAUGGCUCAUAUACUGUAAUGAUCAGAGCUCUAGAAUUGCAUUACCCUUUGAUUCAGUUUUUAAGAAUGGCUGUUAUCCCGAGGAGAAGAGGGGCGGCGGGGUGUGGUGGGGGCUCGGGGGUGAAUUAAUAUAUGUCAGCUACGAUUAUAGAUAUUUGCCGGGGCGUGAGGACUGUUUUUAAGAAAUUGGGUGGGUAGAAAAUGCUCGUGUAUUUGAAGGGGAAAUAUGCUGAUCAUUGGCUUAUAUCGAGAAUUCUCCCCGACUUUAUUUGAAUAGACAAAUUCUGACGAUUUUCAGCUUGUUUUUAAUUUUGAGCCGACGCGUAGUUACCAUAUUUGGAGAGCGUGGCAUAAUGGCUCAUAUACUAUGAUCAGAGCUCUAGAAUUGCAUAACCCUUUGAUUCAGUUUUUAAGAAUGGCUCUUAUCCCGAGGAGAAGAGGGGCGGCGGGGUGUGGUGGGGGCUCGGGGUGAAUUAAAAUAUGUCAGCUGUGAUUAUAGAUAUUUGCCGGGGCGUGAGGACUGUUUUUAAGAAAUAGGGUGGGUAGAAAAUGCUCGUGUAUGUCAAGGGGAAAUAUGCUGAUCAUUGGCUUUUAUGCUAUUUUCAGGACGGCCGACUACGUCUCGGUGAUCGUAUCUUGGCAGUGAACGGAACCAGUCUUGUUGGAGCAGAUUACCAAAGGUACGUCUUUCGACCAAAAACCGCAAUUCACCAUAUCCGCAUUGCCCAUGAUACACCUUGUUUAUUCCCCCCCCCCCCCCCAAAUUUUGCAUAAGUAUUGUUUUUGAUUUCUAUUGGGAAGAUACCGUAAUACCCAGGAGAAAUUGGAAGCAACGGUUAUGCAAACGUUUGUGUGGUAAACAAGGUGUAUUAUGGGUAGUGUGAAAAUAGUCAAUGGUGACAGACAAGAAACGCUCUGGGAUAAUUCAAACAAAUGAAAUUGCAAUUUUAAAUUAUCUGUGCUUUUUGUUUGUCUUGACCCAAUCCGUUUUACUGCGUUUUGGACUACGUGGGUCGGCAGGCAUUCUAGCGUUUCCCAUCGUUUCCCUUUCCAGAUCAAGGCUACCCCCUCGCACGACCAGAUCCCCAACAGCAGAGAGUAACGAUGUAUUUGAAGAAUGUAUUUGAUUUGUUUUAGUGCAAUGCAGCAGAUCCGGCAGUCAGGAACUCAUUUAUCCUUCCUGGUGGCGAAGUCUGAUAUUCACGUAGCAAUGAAGAUCACUGCUUCCAGUUGCUGAUAGACAGAUAACUGUCAAGACAACCUGCUGACCACUCUACAACUCGAUAGUGGCUAUUUUGUCUGUCAUGUCAAAGAAUAGAUUUAUUAUGGACGUUUUUAUGUCUCCGCAGUUUUCGAGUGUUUGUGGCUGAGAUCAUAUCAUAUCAUUUUUUACCAGAGGUUUUUUACUCAUAAUAGCACAUUUUUUACCGCGUUCUGUAAUUUUACAAGAGUGUAUAUUUUACAAGUGUACAUGACGUUUUUAAUUCGUUAUGUGACUUGUCGAGUCGUUUCCUGACAUUUUAUAUAAAUUUCAUACGAUCCACGGUUGUUUAUACUUCAUAACUCGAAGAGAAGACGCAUAAUAUAUUAAUGUGCGG